UAUCCAUUCCAUAAUUUCCAUUGUCAAUCCAUUUAAUAACCCUCUUAAAGAGAGUACCUUUUUUCUUUUUUUGUUUUUUGUUUUUUGUUUUUUUUAAUGUAAAAAAGUCAUCCACUCUCUAAAACUCUGUGCUUUUUCUCGGAGCGACACGCACACUUGUAAAGUAAUCUUGUAUUAGACCUGACCUUCUCAGUCAGUCCAAAUGGCCAAAGGAGCAAUUGGGCAGCGAACAAAAGAUUGAAAUUUGCAAUUUUGAAGUCGAAGAAGCUGAGAAAACAAAGAUCAGAAGGAGAAGAAACUGGCGAGAAUGGGAAGAGAGAGGGUGUUAUUAGUGUGGGUAGUGGCGGUGUUAAUAAUAAUAAUGGUGGGCGUGGGAGAAUCAAAGUACAUGGUGUACAACACAUCGCAGGGAAUAGUCGCAGACAAACUGAACGUGCAUUUGGUUGCUCACUCCCACGACGAUGUUGGCUGGUUGAAGACCGUUGAUCAGUACUAUGUUGGCUCCAACAAUUCUAUUCAGGGGGCUUGCGUGCAAAAUGUGUUGGACUCUUUGAUCCCAGCAUUGUUGGCUGACAAGAAUCGGAAAUUUAUUUAUGUUGAGCAGGCUUUUUUUCAGCGUUGGUGGAGGGAUCAGAGUGAGGCAAUGCAGCUCGUCGUUAAGAAGCUUGUUAAUUCAGGCCAACUCGAGUUCAUAAACGGGGGUAUGUGCAUGCACGAUGAGGGGCCAACCCAUUACAUUGACAUGAUUGAUCAGACAACUCUUGGGCAUCUCUUCAUUAAGGUGGAGUUCAAUGUAACCCCCAGAGUGGGUUGGCAGAUUGACCCUUUUGGACAUUCCGCAGUUCAAGCUUACUUGCUGGGAGCUGAAGUUGGGUUCGACUCAUUUUUCUAUGGUCGGAUAGAUUACCAAGACCGAGCUAAGCGCAAAAGUGAAAAGAGUCUUGAAGUUAUCUGGCGUGGUUCUAAGAGUCUUGGUUCAUCCUCUCAGAUUUUUGCUGGUGCAUUCCCCGAGAACUAUGAACCUCCAUCUGGUUUCUAUUUCGAAGUCAAUGAUGCUUCCCCAGUAGUUCAAGAUGACCCCGAAUUUUUUGAUUACAACGUUCAAGAGCGAGUUAAUGACUUUGUUGCCGCUGCAGUCGCACAGGCUAACAUAACUCGGACAAACCACAUUAUGUGGACCAUGGGAACGGAUUUCAAGUAUCAGUAUGCUCACACGUGGUUUAGGCAGUUGGACAAGCUUAUUCAUUAUGUGAACAUGGAUGGGCGUGUUAAUGCUCUGUACUCUACUCCAUCCAUAUACACAGAUGCAAAAUAUGCCACUAAUCAAUCCUGGCCAAUCAAGACCGAUGACUUCUUUCCUUAUGCAGAUCGGGAAAACGCUUACUGGACCGGAUACUUCACCAGCAGACCGGCCCUGAAACGCUAUAUUAGAGUACUGAGUGGCUAUUAUAUGGCUGCUAGGCAACUUGAGUUUUUCAAGGGGAGGAGUAAAUCAACCAAUACAGACUCAUUGGGAGAUGCCUUAGCAAUUGUGCAACAUCAUGAUGCAGUUACCGGUACGGAGAAGCAACAUGUGGCUAAUGAUUAUGCCAAGCGACUGUCAAUAGGCUACAAGGAGUCUGAGCAAUUAGUGUCGUCUUCGCUUGCUUGCUUUGUUGAACCUGAACUUGAAUGCAGAAACCCAGCUACAAAGUUUCAACAGUGCCCACUUUUGAAUGUAAGCUACUGUCCUGCAUCAGAAGUUCAGCUUUCACAAGGGAAAAUUUUGAUUGUUGUGAUCUACAAUUCUCUGGGAUGGAAGAGAGAAGAAGUAAUUCAAAUUCCUGUGAUUAGUGAAGAUGUCAUAGUUCACAAUUCUGAAGGAAAAGAAAUCGAAUCACAACUUCUUCCGCUGGUUGAUACCUAUGUGAGCUUAAGGAACUACUAUGUUAAGGCAUAUUCAGGUCAAACUCCUGUUCAGACACCCAAAUACUGGCUCGCGUUUCUGGUGUCUGUUCCACCACUUGGUUUCAGCAGCUAUGUUAUCUCAAAUGCCAAGAGGCCAGGCUCUGGUUCAACUAAAUCUUCUGUACACACAUUUCAAAUUAUUGAGUCAUCUACUGUUGAAGUUGGCCAUGGAAACUUGAAGCUUACUUUCUCAAGGGAUCACGGAAAACUUACUAAUUACAUCAAUAGCCAAAGUUCGGUUGAGGAGACAGUGAAACAAUCAUAUGUAUUCUACACUGGAUACAAUGGGACAAAUGAUAAAGCUCCCCAGAAUGCUGGGGCUUAUAUCUUUCGUCCAAAUGGUACAUUUCUCAUAAAGCCUGAAGAAGAGGUCUCUUCCACCAUUAUGCGCGGACCAAUAACAGAUGAAGUACAUCAACGGAUCAACCCGUGGAUAUAUCAGGUCACCAGGCUUCACAAAGGGAAAGAACAUGUUGAAGUUGAAUACAUUGUGGGACCCAUACCUAUUAAUGAUGGAACAGGCAAAGACGUUGUAACUCAAGUAAUGACUAAUGUCGAUAGCAACAAGACAUUCUACACUGAUUCUAACGGGCGUGAUUUUAUCAAACGGAUUCGUGACUACAGAGCAGAUUGGGACCUCAAAGUGAACCAACCUGUUGCUGGAAAUUAUUAUCCGCUUAAUCUUGGGAUUUACAUUCAAGACGACAAAAAAGAAUUUUCGGUUUUGGUAGAUCGGCCUGUAGGGGGAUCCAGUAUAGUGGAUGGCCAAAUAGAGUUGAUGCUCCACAGGAGACUACUUUUAGAUGACUCGAGAGGUGUUGCAGAGGCUCUAAAUGAAACAGUUUGUAUUCCCAAUGACUGCAAGGGACUAAUUAUCCAAGGAAAACUUUAUUACAGAAUCGACCCCCGGGGAGAAGGUGCCAAGUGGCGACGUUCUUUUGGCCAGGAGAUAUAUUCUCCACUUCUGUUUGCCUUCUCUGAACAGGAAGGAGAUAACUGGAUAAAUUCUCAUAGACCUACUUUUUCUUGGAUCGAUUCCUCUUACAGUUUACCUGAAAAUGUUGCUAUUAUUACACUUCAGGAACUUGAUGGCGGGAAAGUUCUCCUGCGGUUAGCACAUCUAUACGAGAUUGGAGAGGACAAGGAUCUAUCUGUAUUGACAAAUGUGGAGCUGAAGAAGCUGUUUCCAAGGAAGAAGAUAAGCAAAGUGACAGAGACGAGUUUAACUGCCAACCAAGAAAGAAUAGAAAUGGAGAAAAAGAGACUGGUGUGGAAAGUCGAAGGCCCUUCAUCACAGAAUGACGCCGAGGUUAAAAGGGGCAGGCCAGUUGAUCCUGCAGCACUCAUUGUGGAACUCGUGCCGAUGGAGAUUCGCACAUUCAUUAUCCAAUUUGUUUCAAACCCAUUAUCAAGCAUUUGAUGCUUAAUGCUGAUGGUAUGUUAUUUGAGGGGUUCUUGCCUGUUUCAUGUUGCAAGACAGUUCAGUUCCUCUUGAGCUACUUUCUAACUUUUUGUAUAGUAACUGCGCUGAAAACACGUCCAUGGGUGGCUUUCACAGACCAGAAAUAAAAGUGGCUCGUUUUAUGUUCUAAAUUCUAAUAUGGAGGGGAUGAAAAUUGUUUGUUUUUACCUUAAUUUGGAUAUAAGUUUGCCCAACUAUGAAGAAAUGAGCAACGAGCU